GGGUACGGAGCAACAGGCUGGAGUCUACUAUAACUUUAACCCCUCCACUUAUUUCAGAGCUUCGACUGCUUUAUUCGGGUGGGAAUUAAAUUCCCUUGACGCGUAGGGAGACAGAAGUCAGUUCUUUAUCAGUCGCGAUGAUGUAAGUCAGAAUAAAAGGGUUAAAAGUGUAAACUGAGCUCGCAAGCUCGUCGUCUGUUUUGUUGUCGUUUCAGCUAACGUUAGCUAGCCAAGGCUGCUCUGAAGUCCAGAGAGAACUGGAGUGGAAGUGAAGCGCUCGGAUUAACAACAAAAUGACAGCCGCUGACGAACUACUUUUCAGGAAACCUUUAACAAAAUGUUUUUGCCACAUUAAUGUCUGGUAUAUUCACUGAGCUAUGAUGCUCCCGAGGAAGAAAAGUAAGAACGAAGCGUCCAAACCAGCAGAGGUCCAGGGGAAGUAUGUGAAGAAGGAGACGUCUCCUCUGCUCAGGAAUCUUAUGCCCUCGUUCAUCCGUCAUGGGCCAACGAUCCCGCGGCGAGCAGAGGUGCCAAUUUCGGAAGCCCCAGCGGUACCUGGUGCCGGUGUGUACCCACUGAAUCCAGCGUCAGGGACAGAUGCAGGUGGACGGAAGAAUUUCCUGCGUAAUGCAACACCUCGGCCCCAGCACGAGGUUUCUCGUCGAGACAGCCAUCGUCUGUCUGUGCCAACGUAUCUUCCACGCUCGCUCCCUGACCUUCCUCACGACUACUCCUCUUCUACCCCUUCGUUCAUCAGUGAUGGUGGACCGAUAGCUGAGAACGGAGAUGUGGCCCGUUACUGCUACCACCCCGAGGCGUACUACGAUAACCAGCCCAGGCGCACACGCCGACCUGAUCACUUCAUCGACGACUACAGAUAUUAUGAGCACAGCGAACCCACUUAUCCACGAGGCCCUACGCAGCCUCAGACGCCCCAGCCUCACAGUCGGCCCCCUGCAGGUAAGAACACUAUUGGACGCAUGCAGGCAAAGUCUCUAGGCAAUCUGGCGAGUUUGAGUGGAGAAGAGACGGCCCUUCCACCUGGCUGGACGGUUGACUGGACGAUUCGAGGCAGGAAGUACUACAUCGACCACAACACAAACACCACUCAUUGGAGUCACCCGCUGGAGAGGGAGGGGCUUCCACCUGGCUGGGAGAGGGUGGAGUCUGCAGAGUUUGGAGUUUAUUAUGUUGACCACAUCAACAAACGGGCCCAGUACAGGCACCCGUGUGCUCCCAGCGUUCCACGCUAUGAUCAGCCUCCACCCCUACCUCCACCAAUCACUUACCAGCCCCGUCCCUCAGAGCGGAAUCAGCCAGUGCUGGUGCCAGCAAACCCCUACCACACUGCCGAGAUCCCAGACUGGCUGCAGGUCUACGCCAGAGCACCUCUGAAGUAUGACCAUAUCCUAAAGUGGGAGCUGUUCCAGCUGAUGGAUCUGGACACGUAUCAGGGCAUGCUGAAGCUGCUGUUCAUGAAGGAGCUGGAGCGUAUCGUUAAAUCGUACGAAGCUUACCGUCAGGCGCUGCUCACCGAACUCGACAUGCGCAAACAACGGCAGCAGUGGUACGCUCAACAGCCAACCAAAAACUUCCCUCACAACAUGUGAACUACAAGAGACUGACAUCCAGAAACACACAUGCCUUAAUACAUACACUGCCAAGCCUUCACAUGCGUCUGCCUCUGUGUGUGCACCUUAUGUCAAGUGUGGACUACACACACACUCUCACACAGAUAUAUAGCAGAUGUUCGUAGGGUGCUCUCAGACUGCACAGGAAUAAACGCGAGAGCUGCAGACCUAGGAGCAGCGUUUCUAUAAUGUAAUCUUUAUCCAUUUUAUAGCCUGAAAGAUUAGGUGUGUAGCUGAAUUAAUGAUGAGUUUCCGAAAGACCUUCCAGCCAAUAUACUAUCGAAAGAUGUUAGUGACUGUUACCCCCUGUACAGUUUAGAUGAAACUACAGUGUCUUUGGAAACUGGGACCUGGUCACUAGUGAAUCAUUUUCCUGAGCUAAAUAUCUUUCUCUCUCUCUCUCUCUCACACACACACACACACACACACACACACACACACACAGAGCUCUUCCUGUGUUUCGAUUGUCUGAAGUAUGCUAUAAUCCUGUCUGUUCUUUUCUUUGGCCUGUGUGGCCACUCAGCCUGUAGCACACACUCUUCUGCCUACAGCGUAUGGACAAUGAAGCUUUUAUACGGACUUUUCCUGACAACGACAAUCCAGCCAGCUCGAAAUGUAAAAGGUUUGUGAAUUUUUCCAAAGGAAUAUGUCUUUAUUUAAAGACUAGAUUUUGUCAGCAGAAGCAUCACAUGUGAUGCAGGGUAAGUGUGAGCUCUUUUGGCUCCUAGCUUUUUAUCUUUAUGUAUGUCUAUAUUUUUUUUCCUGCAUAAUGAAAUUAUAUAUAAACUUAUAUAAACUAAAAACCUCUCCAUGCCGUGUAGCAGCAAUAUGUUUAAGUCUUUCAUUAUUGUGUGUAUGUGAGUGAGAAAGACUGAAUGUUGGCCUUGCUCAUGCAUGAUCGUUUUGCUGCAUAUGUUCCCAAUUUUCAUGUACAUAAGCACUCGCAUACGUCACAUGGCUUGAUCUCAACUUUUAAAUUUGUUUUGUGUGUGUGUGUGUGGGGCUGACCGCUAUCUGACCUCAUAACUCUGUUAUAAACUCACAGGUCCUGCCAGCUCAAGUGUGUGUGUGUGUGUGUGUGUAGGAUUGUGUGGGUGUGUGUUUGUGAGAGAGUAAGCAAGGGCUUUAUACAGAAAAAUCGUGCUCUGCAAAAGUUUGUAAAUUUUUUUAAACACCAGCAGCAUAUUAAGCUAGAAAGCAACACAACUAGUAGCAGUAUAUUUCUCACUUGGUUUCAGAGUGUACCAAGUAACAUACCUAAGUAAAAUUUGGGCUUGAGUAGAUGUUAAUACAAUAUGCUGCUGUACAAUUUAAUCUCUACCCCAAAUCAGAAAAAAAGUUCAAACAGUAUGGAAAUUAAAAAAGAAAGCAGUGAUUUUCUAAAUUUACUUUGACGUGUCUGCCAUUGCAGACUUUAUGAACCCAAGAUAUUUCAUAUUUUGUGUGGUCAACUUCAUUUCAUUUGUUAAUAUGCAUCCAUUCCUGUGUUUUCAGGCCUGAAACACAUUCCAAAAAAAGUUGGGACGGGGCAAUUUAGGGCUAGUAAUGAGCUGAAACAAUUAAAUGAUGUGAUUUCAAACAGGUGAUGUCAACAGGUGAUUAUAAUCAUGAUUUGGUACAAAAGCAGUAUCCAGGAAAGGCCUAGUCUUUAAAGCAAAGGUGGGCUGAGGAUCUCUACUUUUGUCAACAAGGCGUGAGAAAAUAGCUGAAAUGUUUAAAAACAACGUUCCUCAAAGAAGGAUACAAAGGAAUUUGGAUAUUUCACCCUCUAUGGUGCAUAAUAUCAUUAAAAGAUUCAAGGAAUCGGAAGCCUUUUGGUGUGUAAAGGGCAAGGGCACAAGCCUAAGCUGAACACCCGUGAUCUCCAAUCCUUCAGACAGCACUACAUCAAGAGCCGUUAUUCAUCUGUAGCUGAUGUAACCACAUGGGUUCGGGAUUACUUUGGCAAACUUUUGUCAAGCACUACAUUAUAGAGUUGCAUCCAAAAAAUGCCAGGUAAAACUUUACUGUGCAAAAAGAAACCUUAUGUUAACUGUGUUCAGAAGCGCUGUUGACUUCUCUGGGCUCUGAGGGAUCUGGGAAGGUCCAUCACACAGUGGAAAUGUGUAUCAUGGUCAGAUGAAUCAGUAUUUGAGGUCUUUUUUUGGAAGAAAUGGACACUGUGUGCUCCAGACCAAAAACGAAAGACCAUCCAGGUUAUCAGCAGCAAGUCCAAAAGCCAGGGUCUGUCAUGGCAGCCUUUCUCAACCGGGGUGCCGUCUAGCUUCAUUAGGGGUGCCGUCAAAAAAUUAUAUACCGUAAAAUACCAAAUAAUAGCCGAGUUCCAAUUAACCGCCGAGUUCCCUUUAACGGCCGGGUGUACGCGUGUGUUGUGACAAAUAAAGGCCGGUUCCGAAUACUCGCCGGGGUCUAAAAAAAAAAAAAGCGUCCGAACGUUCUAUCUAGAAUCUUGAGGCCCAGCACUUUUCUGGUUUUCUGGUGUUUAAACGAUUUUGCAUUGCAUAGUUUUCUACCGAAACAAUAUGAAUGAAUGAAUGAAUGAAUGAAAUUAUUUCUAUAAUACUGUUUACAACAUUUUGUUACGUGAUGAUAAACAUGCCAUUUCAAUGUUAUAAUCUUGGUCUACCGUAAUAUUUCUUGAGGAAUGCAACUCCGUAACUUUUGACAGAUGUCUUAGCCACCCCUUUGGGUAUACCCAACGAAAGCCAGCGUGUGUGGUGACAUUGAGGACUGCGGGUUUCCAAGGUUGGACUGCUGCUUCUGUUAAACGACCUAAAUUGCCGAAUGCAUGCGUCAAAGCACACACUGAGUUUUAUUAAAGACCUUAUACCAUUUCACUUGCCCUUACCCAUUCGGAUCUGGAAGACGCUUUACAAAAAAGGUGAGAGCGUUCUAACAUGCAUUUCAGUCUGCUCGCGGCCAAUCUAAUCCAAGGGGCCUUUUCAACAAGUAAUCUGUCGUGCAAGUUGGGCAGAAGCACGCGUCAGGCAGGCAACAUGUAGGCCUACAAGUCAGUAACCUAUUCAACUAACUUUCAUCCGAACUUUAAGUUUUCUACGGGGUCGAGCCACCGUACCAACUCACUCGGGGAAUAGGCUCAUAUCGGCCAAAUAGGGAGACGUCUUGGAGAGAAAUGUGAGAAUGCAAGAUGACAGUAUGUAGCCACUGCAGGUCACUUAUUUUUCAGCAUAAGAAAAAACCCUUUGGUUUGACACUUCGCACCCUAAUUAUGUUGCUUCAACGUCGCGCCCUCCAUGCAAUUUCAGAUUGACAGACAUCGCGAAGCGCAAAGGGUGGAGGCUGCAUGGGUGAGGGUGAUAGCAAGCGACCAUAACUUUGCAGAGUAAUUAAAUCACAGUGCUGCGCACAGACAAUGGUGUGGUUUCUUGAUUAUUUUGUAAAGCAUGCGCUUAACUAGUCAUUAACAGGAAAAGGUGUGUGAUUUAUCCUUUAUCCACCCCGACUGUGCCAUGCGAAGAUGCAUUCUGCGUCUUCAAAAUUCCCCGAAGUCGGCACCGUGCUAUCUGUAAUCUAACUCUAAACAAACUGUAAGUUAUACUGGUUAAAAGUAGGCCUAUCUGAGAAUGAUUUUUUCCCCCGUUUUGAGGUAGAUUUUGGGGAAGGUGUUUGUGAAGAAGGAAUUAAUCGCCUGUUCCAAAUAGCCGCCUAGUCUCUAAUACGCGCCGGGUCUCUUACGUGAUUGAGACAAAUAAUCGCCCGGGCUAUUAUUUGGUAUUUUACGGUAUUCUAACAUUGAAAUAAAUAAAAUGAAUUAAAAUUCCAAAAAACGAUAGUUGCACUAAUGCAGAUCAUCGCCGCCUCAUGCAUCAUCAAAAUUUUAUCCCCUUUCCCAUGUCACAAUGUCACUGCCAGGGUCAGAGUAUGGUCAGCGUGACUGCAUAUAUUUUAUAUGGGGGUGCCGUGACUGAAAAAAGGUUGAGAAACGCCGUGUCAUGGUAUGGGGUUGUGUCCGUGCCCUUGGCAAAAGUAACUUAUACUUCUGUGAUGCCAGCAUUAAUGCAGAAAAGUACAUCAUUGAAAUUUUGGAGCAACGUAUACUAUUUUCAAGACGACGUCUUUUCCAGGGAUAUCUCAACAAGACAAUGUAAACCCACAUUCUGUACACAUUAUAAAGGCAUGGCUGGGGAAGAAGAGGGUGCCUGUCCCCAGUAGAGAAUGUGCGGUGAAUUCCGAAAUGAAAAAUAUGACCGUGUUGACCUCGUACUGUUACACAUCUUAAGACCUGUUUGUAGGAAACAUGGGACAAAAUAACACCUGAAAUGUUUCGGUGUCUUUAGUCCCUAAACAUCUUUUAAGUGUCAUGAGUGUCAUCAUUUAAAAUGGCAACAUUUUAAAGUGGUAAAUGCUUUACUAUCCUGACUUUUUUUUAAAUGUGUUGCAAGAAUCAAAAUGUUUGUUUUAUUUAGGAAGAAAAAUUGUGAGGUAAAAUAUUAAUGUGAUGUGGUUUUUUUUGAAUGC